AUGCAACUUCCAUGCCUCCAUCAAACUCCUGGAGGCCUGGAGAAGGCAGUAAACCCUCAGUUAUCAUUCCUGGCUAAGGGGACUCUUCAGGAAGUGCAGCUUGCUGUGUUUGUUGCUGAACCUCAGCAUUUGGAAACAAUUGAUGUGCCGCACCUGUAUACACCUGGGAGUACACUAACUCACCUGGGCACGCUGCAAGGGAGAACAGAACUGCGCGCUGCUGAAUGGGACAGGGUGGAGCAGAGUUUCUCCUCAGUGGCCAGGAUCACCCGCGACUCAGUGAGACAGUACCUGCAGUUUCACCCAGACCAGACCGUGCGCAUACUCCAUGCCAAGGUGGCCCAGAAGUCAUACGGCAAUGAGAAACGAUUCUUCUGCCCCCCGCCGUGUGUUUACCUCAGCGGAUCGGGCUGGAAACUCAAACAGGAGCAUCUGAAAGCCACUGGACUCCAGGAGGCCAGCUGUCGGCUCUGCGGAUAUAUGAGCCUGGACAGCACGGAGGGGACCCGUGCGGACACCUUCAAGCUAAACUUUGAGGAGCAGUCUGAUACCAGGAUGUUUGCCUGUGCUAAGACCCUGUACAUAUCGGACACGGACAAACGGAAACACUUCCGCCUGGUCCUGAAGCUCUUCUUCAGCAACGGCCAGGAGGUGGGCUCCUUCUACAGCAGGCUGAUCAAAGUCAUCUCCAAGCCGUCGCAGAAGAGACAGUCCAUGAAGAAUGCUGACUUGUGCAUUUCCUCAGGAUCUCGUGUGUCCCUGUUCAACCGGCUGCGCUCUCAGACGGUCAGCACACGCUACCUGGCCGUGGAGGACGGCGCGUUUGUGGCCAGCGCCAGACAGUGGACCGCCUUCACCAUCACUUUAGUGGGAGACGAGUCGUCGGAGCAUGGGGAGUAUUCGGUGUGCGAGGGCUAUAUCUGCUAUGGCUCUGUGGUGCAGCUAGUCUGCACGGACUCUGGAGUGGCUCUACCUCCAAUGGUCAUUCGGAAGGUCAAUAAGCAGCAUGCCAUUCUGGAUGUGGACGAGCCCGUGUCUCAGCUGCACAAGUGUGCGUUCCAGUUCAAGGACAACAACCAGAUGUACUUGUGUCUCUCCAAUGAGAAAAUCAUCCAGUUCCAGGCUUCUCCAUGUCCGAAAGAGCGGAGUAAAGAGUUAUUAAACGACGGCUCCUGCUGGACCAUCAUCGGGACGGAGACGGUGGAGUACACCUUCAGUGAGAGUCUCACCUGUAGCCAGGGCUCCAUCAGCCCUGUACCUGUCAUCACGGCACUGGAGUUGAAUGGGGGUGGCCAUGUAGCCAUGCUGGAGUUGCACGGUGAAAGCUUUGGCCCUCACCUAAAGGUUUGGUUUGGAGAUGUGGAGGCAGAGACAAUGUUCAGGAGCCCCAAGUCCAUGUUGUGCGUGGUGCCCGACGUGUCCGUGUUCAGCGGGGAGUGGCGCUGGCUCCGGCGCCCCAUCACCGUGCCGCUGUCCCUGCUGCGCCUGGACGGCCUGAUCUACCGCAGCCCCUUCUCCUUCACCUACACCCCCGAGCACAGCGCCCCGCCUCCCCCCCGCCGGCCCGGCGCCGAGCACACCGCCGACUCCGACUCGCUCAUCGACACCAUCCACCAGGAGUUCACCCGCACCAACUUCCACCUGUUCAUGCAGAGCUAGUGGAGCGCCACGCAGAGACAUCUCAUCUGGCUAGGAGUAGUGUGUGUGACGCUUUGAGUGUGUGUGUGUGACGCUUUGAGUGUGUGUGUGUGAUGCUUUGAGUGUGUGU